AUGGCUACUCUUCAAUUACGUAAUUCUCUGUUCAUCUUACGCUGCAUAUCCCACCAUGUGUUACAGUCACACUCUGAGGAGGCCCUUCUUAAUAUGUUUGACCCUCCUCCUCCUCCUCAGUCCUUAAAAGGUUCUAAUUCAACUGAGGCUGAUGAUAAAGAGGGUGUGGCUAUUAGGAGUGGUCUGAAGAUAUUGCUUCACGGAACUGUAAUGUUAAUAGGUGGAGUACCACUGGUUCCAUUUACGUAUGAUGUAUUGACUGAGGCAGCUAAUCUAUCAAUCGUACUAAUGUCAGGACAAUUACUCAAUAAAGACGAUCUCUUCAGUACUAGCGUCAUCAUUAAUGAACUGAUGGAUAUACCACUAGAUGUUUCUUCAUCACUAGUCCAGUCACUAGUGAGUUUCUUUAUCAGUCAACCAAUACCCCCUCCUGAUACACUGAGGGUACAGCCAUCAGGAGUGUUCUCUUCUUUUGCUUCUGGACUUCUCUCUCUUGUCCUACCUCAGCAUGAUAUCCUUGAGAACACUUCACCACUUGCCCUCUCUUCUCUUCUCUUCCUCCUGAUCCUUGUCCAUCAGCACUCUCGUGGUCACAAUCCUUACAGAGAAGCUCUCUCUUUGAUCUGUGAUGAAAAUGAAAGUAAAGACAAAGCCUCCUUUCAACUCAAUUUCAAUCAACUACAUGAAGCAAUCUGCAAGCAACUAAACACAGAGCAGACGACUCUCUUCUUCUACCAGCUGCUGCACAAUAAUCUAAACUUUGCUAGUUUUGUAUUUUCAAGAUCAGACAUCAACACACUA